GACUCGACCCAGUUUCCUGCUUGACUUACAUCUCCAGGAAAGAACAACAGUGCAGGUGGAGGGAUGAGCCUCUUCCCUGUGAUUGGCACAGGUGUGCCGGAAGCAGCCAAUGGGGUGGAUACACCAGCCUCCCCUGGAUUGUGUAAUGUGAAUGGCCCGUACACAAACGCCCCUAAUACCCCUGCACAGCUCCUGAAGUUUGGGGGUAGGGUGCCCUGUCCUGGGCAGGGAUCCCUUGAUGAGACUGAGAACUGUGUGGAUGGGGAGAGCGCAUGCGAUGGACAAGAAAACCCCAUAGACACUUCUCACAACUCCACGUCCCAUUCAGACACACAGCAACACACCGACACGUUCCCAGCCCACCCCUCCCUCCCCACUGCCACAUGCACAGCAGACACAGAGCCAGACCCACACGAGCCCCCCAAAGACAUGUCCCUCACUGGACCCUCCCAAACAGGUAUGCCCCUAAACGAGACUCUGUCUGGAGACUGGCAGCACACAGACACUUCAUCCAAAGACACAGCCCCAGAGGGGGACACUCACAGCGCAGACAAAAAGCAGUCCGAGACAAAGCACACAGAGCCUUCUAGCUGCUGUGCUGCAGAAACAGAGGAGGAAAAGGAGGUGGAAGAGGAGUGUGAAAAGGAUGGCAAGGAGCAGCAUGCAGGAAACACACAGGCUGAAGUCUCAGCUGAGUUUACAGAGGAGCCCUCGGCAGCAGCUCCCAGCCCCAGCUCUGCCCCAGCCGAGGGGGGGGAGUCGUCAGGCAGCAGCCCUUGUCCGCCCCACGUCAUGGCCCAGGUGCGCGUGCGGAACGUCCCAGAGCGGGAGCGCAUCGUCCGGGGCAUGCAGGACAGCAAGAGCCUGGACGAGAUCAGCCAGGCAUGCAUCGGAGGGGCCCGGGGUGGGGGUCGGGGGGGCCAGCCAGAGGGCCGCAGGGCCACCAUCUCCUCUGCCCUGGAGCUGGAGGGAACAGUCAGCCACGAUGGGGACCUGACACACUUCAUCUGCCGCAACCUGGAGCAGAAGAUCAAGAUGAGCUCCAAGCCCAGCCUGGACUGUGACUGCGACUCGGACUGCUCGGGUUCCAUCAGCAGCAGAGGCCGUGGGUCGUCGUCGCGGCGGCCGGCUGACAUCCCUCCCAUCGACCCUGCUGUCUUGGCGGACCUGCAGAGACACACAGAGGAAGUCGCCCACAGCGUGGAGCUAAUGAUGCGCAGCCUCAACGGAACCAUCCAGAACAUGACAGCGCUGAGUGUGGGCUACAUCCAGACGUAUAGAGACUCUGUGGACAGCCUGGGGGAGUCUGUGGACAUGAGCAUAAAGGGAAUGUACACACUGAUGGCGCGCUGUGAGGAGCUGGACCGCUCCAUGCAGCCCAUCCACACUCUGGCCGCCCAGAUCCGGGACAUCAAACGCACCCUGGAUGCCCUGGAGGCCAUCUGCAAGUAGCCCCUCUCCCACCCGGACUCUCUUACCUGGAAACCCCUCCCCGAGAUCCUCUUCCACUGCAGACCCUUUUCUAACCUAACGACCCCCCUCCCUCCAUACCGCCCUCCUGGAAUCACUGCUACUAAUCAUGCUAGCUUCAUGGAUGAUCCGCUCCUCCCCCUCACCCCUCCCCAUGUAGACGUCAUGCUUCAAACCCCUCCCCCACCCCGGUAAUGCUCGCUCGGGCUAGGAGCCCCUCCCCCUGACAGAACUUGAAGGAAACGGAGCACUUGAUGCUUCUCUUAUUACCGUCCGACCCACCUGGUUCAGAUUGUAUUAACUGCUGCUGCCCACACGGGGGCACUCUCUCUCUCUCUCAUAUGGAGAGGGAGCUUUAGGAACAGAUGAGAUGGUUUAGAUGUUAGUCACUUCUUAGGCAGGUUGCUUAAACUAGUGAGACGAGACACAGGUGAGGGUGUGGGGGUACAUAUGUUGUAUAAAUGGCAGUCCCUCCAGAUGUCAUGUUACAUACCUGUUACCAACCGAAAGCCAUUCCCUGCGGAGCUCUCCUCUCCGAUCCCGAGAUAAUGUGUUGCGCUUUAGGAGACUGUGGUACCUUCUGUCAUUUCACAGGUUGGCUGGUAGGUAGGUACUAAGUAGGUAGGCCUGUCUUAAUAUCGAACAUAUCUAUUUUGCCUAAAUAGUGUUUUCCAUGGUGAGAGGUUGUGGACAGCCGUUACAUGUAGUGCGCCGUUACUGGCUUGUACCAUGAAGGACUUGAAUGCUACCAGAUGUCAUCAGAUCUGCAGAAGCCCCACCUAGAUGAGAAGGCAGCACCCUCACACUGGAUAUACAGUGCCUUCGGAAAGUAUUCAGACCCCUUGACUCUUCCUACAUUUUGUUACGUUACAGCCUUAUUCUAGAAUUGACUAAAUAUUUUUUUCCCC